ACGGUGGAAUUGCUGUGCGAUGGCGGCCAAAUACACGACGCGAGUGGGGAACGCUGCGACGCGAGAAGGGGACGGAGGCGCCGGGACGCUCAGGAGACGGAGGUCUAUCAUCGGGACUGGUAUUGUGAGGCAGACUGGUGCAUGGUCGUGGGCAGAUAAAUGCGGGCGGGGAUGUGUUCUGUGUGUCGAUCAGCGUUGGUGGUGUUUCUUGUAACCAAUGUUGGGCUGUUGCUGCUGAGGUGUCUGGAAGACUUAUUGCUGCUGAGGGAGAGCGUCGACGCCAUGAGGUGAGCAGAGAGUGGAAAGGGAGAUGGGCAGCUGGACACAGAGGCGCAGACACAGAACACACCGCCUCUCCCUGUUUGUGUAUGCACGUGUGUGCCCCUCUGGUCAGGAGUAUGCAAGCAUCGCGUCUCGCGGGUGCUUCGGUGACCAGUAGCGCCGCAGGGCAGGUACGCCAUUCCUUCUCAUCCAUGCAGGAUGGCGACGAUGGUUUUGUGGGCGAGUGGCAGGUCACACAGAUCGUCCAGAAGCUGCUUAGAGGUGAGGUGGGGGGGUGCGCCGCAACGCAAUCAAUACACACGCACGAUGGCCAUGAGCGUGUGACUGCCCGACCGAUUGCCCCACACACACAGGUGCUGGUCUCCGGCCGCCUGACACGACGUCGAAGGACCAGCACCAUGAGUCACUUGGCUUCUACGAUGCGGGUCGGUACACGGAGGCGGAGAGAUGGGAGCUGAAAAAGAGAAACAGAGCCCUCAUGUGGCACAGACAAGUAUACCGACCGACCGACAAAGACAUUUGAAGGGACGCAACCGGCGUAUCCACCAUCUGUCUGUGUGCGUGCGUGGGCGUGUGUGUGUAUUAUAUGUGUGUGCAGAUGGACCCGAAUUGGCUGAGCAAGGUCAGCGAGGUCAAGGGCCACGGCCCCACCUUCUACCAGAUGUUCUUCGAGCCCGACUGGAGCUGCGAGUGGGCAGACAGACAUACAGACAUCCCCACCUCACCUCACCUGAGCCACACGUGCACACAAAUCAUGUGUAGGUAUGAUUGUCUGUGCUGUCUGUCUGUCAGGUUUGAGAUGCGACUGGGCACUCUGGGCGAUGGCGGCAAGUGGGUCUGUGACCCUGACAGGUAGGUCGGUACCUCAGCCACUCACAGACAGACGCGUGCAUACAAAUGCAUAUUCACAUGCAGGAUCAUUUCGCGUAGCAAGGCGUCGGGCGAGCCCUGUCUGGUGUACUCUGUGGGCGGCUCCAACGAGGUGAGUGAGUGAGUGAGUGAGUGAGAGGGGGAUGGAUGGAUGGAUGGAGGGGCUUGCGGCACACGGUGUGCUCUGCUCUGCUCAGUGGUCCUUCGAGGACAGCGUACACAAGACACUCGGAUGCGAAGUCCACACCGUACGCACCGCAGGGAGGGAGGGACACACGCACCCAUGUUGUCAGUCUGUCAAUGGUGUGGGUGGGUGUGCGGGCGGGCGGGCUGAUGGCUUUAGUUUGAUCACACUGUCGCGACUCCGAAGGCCAAGCCCAACCACGUCAUCUUUCACAGAUGGGGGAUCGACUGGCCGGGAUCGGGGUGGGUAUGUGGGUGCAGUGCAAUGGGCGUCUCCCUCCCUGGCUCACAUCCGUCCACCUUUUGAUGUAUGUGUUCAGGGCCAAUCUGCAGGCCGACAGCCCCGGGCCCCUCACAGCAGGCUUGAACGAGAUCAUUACGUGAGACUGGAGUGGGUGGGAUGGGUGGGAUGGACGACGCACAGAAGGCAAGACGGACUGUCUGUCUGUCUGUCUGUCGUGUGUGGAUGUGUCUAGUGCGUUGGGCCACGAGACACGCGAGAUUGACAUUCUCAAGAUUGAUGUGGAGGGCGCCGAGUGAGCAAACGCAGCGCAGAGAGAGACAACUGCGCAUCCCUCUCUGUGUGUGUAUGUGUGUUGGUGAUCAGGUUCAGGUCGCUCACCCCAUUGUUGACGAGUGGAGCAUGGAGGAGAAGGCCACCGAUACGACAGGCGAGCCGAGCAAGGAAGGACCACCGCCACCCACCCAUGUGGUGGCAUCCCAUCCAGGCAGACAGACACCUGACUGACCUGUGCGUCAAUCAAUACGUCUGUGUGUUAUGUGGUGUGUGUGUGUGUGUAUGUGUGUGGCUGCAUUGCCACCAACUGCAGGUGUUGAUCGAGGUGCACGUGUUGGGGAUCAACAAGCAGAAGGUGGUCGACUUGAACAAAGAGCUGCUCAGCGCAUUCCUCAACAACGGGUCAGGCAGGGUCAGGCGGGCCACAUGCACAUUCAGACAGACAGACAGACAGACGGACACACACGUCGAUGGAUUGGAUGUCUGUGUCUGCUCUGCAUGCCUCGGUGUCAGAUACGUCUUGUUCCACAAGGAGCCGAACAUUCAGGUGCACAGACAGACAGACAGAGAGACUGGAUGUGCAGUGGAUGGUGGCUGGAUGCGAUGCAUGUGUGUGUGUGUGUGUGUGGCAGCACGCGGGCGGCAACUGCGUCGAGUUCGCCUUCCUGCAGCUGGACCUGCCCACACCACCAGACAAACCCACAUAGCCACACACGCAACCCGGGCCCUCAAUGUGUGUAUGGGCGUGAGUGUAGGUGUAAGUAAGCGUAUGUGUCUUAUGCGUCUCGUCAGCCACUGUGUGCAUUUGUCGCUCCGACACUCACUGGUCGGUCGAUUGCCCAAUUACUUACAAGUGCUUGAUGGAUAUCGCCCGCAAAAGGGCGACACGCAGCUAGCUGUUUUUGGCUGGGUGCAAUCACUGCGCGUGUGCAUGGCAUGGAUGUCUUGUCCUUCCUGAGACAUUGGAUGUGUGCAGUAGGCAUGAGGGUGUGCGCAGACAGCCCAGACCUUCUUGAUUGGGGAGGGCACAUGUACAGUAGCUAGCUAGCCCCAACAGACAGACACCCACAGUCAUUUCAUUCACAGAGAACGGACGGGUGCGGCGUUUGUCUGUGCCUGCCUGUUUGUUUUUUUGCUCACACCGAUGCGCGCGAGCGCUCAUACAGUCAGUCAAUCUGACCGUCAGAUUACGGAGGAGUGGACAUCCACUGAGUCAGUCAGUCUGUCUGCGUGUGUGUGUGCGUGCCACUGAUCGACUGCUUGACGAAGAUGCGAGUAAGUACGUGUGUAGAUGAGAUGCAACUGUGUCCAUGUGCCAACAAGGUGACCGAUCUUUCAACCUCUCUAUACAUU